AUGGAGCUAACCCAGCUGGUCACCAGCGCUGUCGUUGGAACAGGCUCCAUGGUAACUGUUCGACCAGAAACACCUGUUCGCCUGUGUGUGUGUGUGUGUGUGUGUGUGUUUUACUGCAUUUAACUGUUUAUGCCCUAUACUGUAAGUGUUGUAGGCCUACAGGAGUCCUUGCUGUGGUAGUGUUCAUAGUUGUGUUAUAAGGCCUGAUAACAAUCCAAAUACCGUAUUUUCAUUUCAAUCUUUUGGAGUGGGUGCAAAGUGGAGCCCUAAGUACAGGAGGUCUUUAAUUAGGCCUCUGCGGAUGGGAGGAGAGGGAGAGACAGUGUGGGUGAUGAAAUGGAGAGGAGAGAGGUACAGAGAGCGAGAGAAAGGGAAGAAAGGAAAGAGGGAUGAUGGUGUGGAAGGGUAGAGAGAGAAGGAGAGAGGGGGUACAGAUGUGGGAUCUUAAUUUGAUCACUCUUGUUGAUAAAAAUGUUCUUGCACAGCAGGAAAUGAAAACUUGUAGUGUAUUCAAGAUUUAAAAAUGCUUCUAAAGUUCCAUUUUAAAAACGUCAGACUUGAUUUGCCCUAACGUAAAAUGUAUCAACCCCUACAAAAAAUAUCCAUGAAUUAUAAUCUACAUAAUAAUUCCCAUUCCUGUUGCUGAAGGAUUAUUUUCCUACUGUAGCAAAACUGGCUCAAAAGUAUCUUACAUCUGUAUAAGGGUGUGAGAGUGUGGUAAGUGCGCGGUGACACCUUUGUCAGUGUUGUCUGGGUCUAUGUCUGCACAGGAUGUGCCUCACCUAUUACAAACAUAAACACACUUCGACCCCUCCCAUGCUGUGGUUAUACUGAGAACCCAGAAUGCGCAAUUGCACCAUGCGCCUCCCGAUCUAGCGCCAAUCUGUAGUUGAGCAUGUGGAGUAUGGACUAGCGCACCAAGAGGCGACACGGUUAUAACACACACACACACUGUUCAUUUGUUGUCAAAGAACUUGUGGGAGACCAUGGUAUUUAACAGAACGGAGAACGGGAGGAAACACUAUCUGAUCUGAGAAUAAUAGCACACACACACACAAUAAUAAACAUAUCAUAUCAGAUGACGCAAGUCAGAGAAUUCUCUCACACACCUGUGCACCUCUGAGAGGAGCAAAAACGUAUUCAGGAGCCACUCAUGCAGGACUGUUCUGAUUCAGCUCUGUGUAAUUUGUAAGUCGCUCUGGAUGAGAGCGUCUACUAAAUGACGUAAAUGUAAAUGUAAAAUGUAAAAGGGACAAAGUGGCGCAACCACAAACUCGCUCUCCCGCUCUCUCAAUUUAUCUCACACACACAGCAGCUGUGCCCCCAUACAUACAUACACACUACAGCUGGGCAGUGAGAAUGCCUUUAUAACGUUUCCCCUCUCCUUUAUUGUUUGACUGUCAAUAGACAACAACAGCAUUAUAUCAUCAUGCCAUUGCCAACAAUAUUAUUCUCACAGAUUUGAUGUUAGGGGCCUAAACUGUAAACAAAGGCACACACACACACACACACACACACACACACACACACACACACACACACACUCUAUAUCCUGCGAUAGAGCCACUUUCAGCACCUGACACCACAAAAAAAAACACAAAAAAAACAGUUAAAGCGUUUCAGCAGGACACAGAUGUGUGUGUGUGUGUGUGUGUGUGUUGGGGCGGAGCAAGGGAGGGAGAGGGGUAGCCUCAGCUAUUUAACCUCACCGGGUUCAGAACUUUACUCCACUUGGAGAAGAGAAAGACAGAAGUGGCAAGAGAGAACAGAGAGAGAGACAAAUAUAGCUGUCUCCAUCAUGACCUACUACAACGUAUGGUUUCAUUCAGCAUUUUGGCCUUGUUAACAAAAAUGUUAUGGGACUUUAUAUGGCUGUCAGCAUUUAUCUCAGUUAUCAUGUUAAUCACUAAUCAGAUUGUAGAAUCGGUUCUUAAAAUUUUGCACAUGGUAUUUUUUAAGUUGACUCAAUUAUCCUUCUCUCUCCCUCUCUCUGUAGCACUUUGUGAUACAAGAAUCGGAUUAUGACUACAAUGACACGAGUUACGGUUUUGGUUCUGGCUUGGGCGAUUUCGGCGCUGGAUUUGAGGAGCCGUGUGACCGUGAGCUGCUGAGCCCCAGCGUGCAGCGUAUCUUCAUCCCGGUGGUGUACGGUUUCAUCUUCACCCUAGGGAUCACCGGGAAUGGCCUGGUGGUGUUUGUACUGGGCUGCCAGCGGAAGGCCCGGCUCAGCCUAACGGACCGCUACCGGCUGCACCUCUCCGCCGCCGACUUGCUCUUCAUGCUGGCGCUGCCCUUCUGGUCUGUGGACGCAGCGCUAGGGGACUGGCGCUUCGGAGCAGUCACUUGUGUGGGUGUGCACGUCAUCUACACCGUGAACCUGUAUGGCAGCGUGCUGAUCCUGGCCUUCAUCAGUCUGGACCGCUACCUGGCUGUGGUCAAAGCCACUGACACCAGCACCACACACAUCCGGCAGCUGCUAGCUCGCAGGUAUGUGUACGCUGGCGCCUGGCUGCCUGCUGGUCUCCUCGCCAUCCCAGACAUGGUGUUCGCUCGGACCCAGGAGGCAGGAGAAGGGGAGAUGGUGUGUGCAAGGCUCUAUCCGCCAGAGAACGCCCCACUGUGGGUGUCCCUGUUUCAACUCCAGAUGGUGCUGGUGGGGCUGGUGGUGCCGGGGCUGGUGCUACUGGUGUGUUACUGUGUGAUCGUGUCCAGGCUGACCCGCGGCCCUCUGGGAGGACAGAGGCAGAAGAGGAGGGCGGUGCGGACCACUGUGGCUUUGGUUCUCUGUUUCUUCCUCUGCUGGCUGCCGUACUGCAUUGGCAUUGCAGUGGAUGCUCUCCUCCGCUUGGAGCUGAUCCCUCGGGGCUGUACGUUGGAGUCAGGCCUUGGGGUGUGGUUAGCGGUGUCUGAGCCAAUGGCGUACGCCCAUUGCUGCUUGAACCCGCUGCUCUAUGCCUUCCUGGGAGUGGGUUUCAAGAGUUCUGCUCGCCGCGCCCUCACACUUACACGCAUGUCCAGCCUGAAGAUUCUCCCGCGUAGACAAACAGGCGCCAUGACGUCCACAACGACAGAGUCAGAGUCAUCUAGUCUGCACUCCAGCUAA